AUGGCAGGCCCACCGAGCGUAGAACCUGCAUUUCCAACAGAGGCUUUAGCUUUAGAGCAUUUCAAUGAAAGUACUCUCAGCGAGGCCAUACGCUGGAUAAACGAUCAAAAUAGUCAACCUGCAACUGCUACAGCUAAUCCAGGCACUGAAAAUGCAGCGCACACUCCGACGCCGGCGACUAAAGCAGCGACAACCUUCAUCGCCGCGCAUACCACGGAGGACACCGAUGUGUGCUUGCUAGAUGAGUGCCCAAUAUGUCUGGACAACUACAUAGAUGACACGUGUGUGCGCAUCAUCGGUAUCCAAGGAUGUACUCACCGUAUUGGUCUGGCCUGCCUGCGCGAGAUGCUCCGUCGCAACCCCAAUCAAGAGAAGCGAUGCCCACUCUGCCGGACCAUAUGGAUCGCAGAAGCCACGGCACCAAGGAGGCCUACACAACUAUAUACUGGUAUGCCCAGUAGCGGGCUCGAUACCCUUCAGGGCUUACAGCUUUACUUAGGCCAAACACUCCAUACCCAAGACAGACGUAUGGCUAGAGUAAUUCCUCCAGAUCCCCGGCCCUACAACGGCGCUGAGGAAGUCAGGUCCAGUGCCAGGACUGCUGAUGAGGAGCAGGGACAGUCAUUGCGGCAGCAGAUGGAUGCACCACAUGACAGUUCCACCCGUGCUCGCGCAGCUGAAAUCGCUUUGCAAGAGAAUUACGCAGCAGAGGCUCGAAGCUUUGAGAACUUCAAUCAAGAGCUUGAAAGCAUCCGGCAACGUGCUCACGGCACAUCGCUCAGAGGUCGCCGCAGUGGUCGCGGUCGUAGGCCUGACCGUCGUUCUUCCCGCAGUACGGACCCAGCACAUGAGCUUGCAGACCCAGCUAAUCGGGUUGACGAAGGUCCCACGAGCCGUCUGCUCAAUCGCUUACGAUCUGGUAGUGGUGAUCAUGCCUCUGGUCAUGAGCCUCUUGCCGAAUCAGAAAUAAUCCGCCCUACUCCGCUUGAGAACCAGCGUACACAGGUCGAGACCCAACGUCUGCGUGCUCCUGUUGCGAAUACUCUCCUUGCAGAUAUAGCCGCUAGGGCAAAUUUUCGAACCAACCCAGCGCUACAACGGUCGUUGAGCACUCGUAGCACUCGUAGCACUUCCCCGGCUCAUCCGCCGCGUGCCAGUUCACUGCGUGAAACGUCCGCGCAGGUACAUUCAACCUCACCGGGUUUGAGCGACUUCGGUAUCGCUGCAUCGCAGCUACCCACUCCAUGCGAAACAGCUUGCACUCUGGCCCAGAACGCGACCGCCUCUGUCCAAUCUGCAGCCCCGACCAUUAUCGGCUUUCCCAGCACACAGCAGCUCAACGCGCGUAUUGCUGCCCUGGAUGCCCGUGAAGUACGUCUGGCGCGACGAGAAGUCGAACUCGUGCUCCGCGAAGCCGAGUUGACAAUUCGAGAAGGAAGGCUCCUACAUCCAACUUUUGUCGCUGAGAUCCUGGGGAAUCAACGUCGCCGCCAGAUGGAUGUGAUGGAUCGCUUGUUGGAACAACAAAAUGACCUCUUGGAGGCACUGCGACGGGGUCCUGAGUCUUGA